AUGGAGCUAUCAUCGUGCAUAGGUGAUGCCGCUCCUCCGAGCCUCCUUCAAGGGGUCCCGAGCCUCCGUCAGGCUCGGCAAGACCAUUACACCCCGUCGGGUCGGUCCGCUGGAGUCGCUAUGAGCGGCGACCUGCUGCCGCCGCCUGAUAUAGAGCUAGGCGAACGACGCGACCCGAUAUCUCUCGAGCCAAUCUCCAGCCCGCCUUCCAUCCGCCGGACCGCGUCGAUAGGUACUAGCAGCGGCAGAGAUUUCUGCUUAUCGCUGCCGCAGAUUCCUCCUCCCGUUACUCCGCGACCCGACUUAGUAGCACCUCCGGAAGAAGCCGAUUUAGACACGGGAAUUACCAUAAUCUGUCCACCCAGAAACGGUCUUUUUCUAAGCCCUACUGACGAAAGCGAAAAAUCUGGCGAAACUGGCGAAAUCGGCGCGUCCAGCAGUAGGCGAGGCGCGUCAGGCCGUUUGGGCGCGUCCGGAGCUGGCCCGGCGAUUCGGAAAGGCUCGCCGAGCCUGAGCCGCGCGAGGCUCGGGUUGGGGGAGAUCCGGCUGGACUUGGGCGCGUUGCGCGCGCGCACGGAGCGGGAUUUCAACGCGGAGGCGAUGGAGGUGCGCGCGCGCAAGGAGAAAUUCGCCUUCUUUGAGAAGGACUGUAGCCGCGUGCUGGAACACGUGUUCGUGGGCAGCGAUUACGUGGCAAGAAGCCGGGAGAUCUUGCGCGAGGCGGGUGUGACGCACGUGCUCAACUGCGUUGGAUUCGUAUGCCCGGAGUACUUUCCCGGGGAUAUCGUUUACAAGACGCUCUGGCUGCAGGACAACACGGCGGAGGACAUAACAUGUGUGCUGUACGACGUGUUUGAUUACAUCGAGGGCGUGAGGGAGGGCGGGGGGCGCGUGUUCGUGCACUGCUGCCAGGGCGUCUCGCGCUCCACAUCCCUCGUUAUUGCGUACCUCAUGUGGACACAGGUGGGCAGAGUAGUGCAGGUGCCUUACAACGAGUUGUCCGUUAAUGAGUUAAACGUGAUACGCGUCCUCAUUAUUGUCCGCUCCUCUGCUUGUGGAUUUAUGCGGGCCGUUCAGUCGGGGUGGUGGAAUCAGUCAAGGUAA